AUGUCAACACGUUUGAGAUUGCUCAGCCUUGAUGGAGGCGGCGUUAAAGGCAUCAGCACCUUACUUAUCUUGGACCGUAUUAUGGAAGAAGUGAAGAACCUCAGAGGGCAGGGCGAUGGCAUGAAGCCCCUACCUAAGGAUUACUUUGACCUUGCUGGAGGAACUAGUUCAGGUGGGCUCAUUGCCCUGAUGCUCUUUCGUCUCGGCAUGAGCACCACAGUUGCAAUCGAAAAAUUCGAAACAAUAGUCACGGACCUCUUCAGUCCUAGAAUCUGGGGCCUGAAUCUUCAUGAUUUUGAUAUGGCUGGCUACUGGGUUGGCAAUGGCUUCCUCCAACUCAAGUCCCUAUUCCAAAGCCGCUUUCCCAGAGAACCCCUCACCGCAGCUAUCGACAAGGUGAUGGAGGAGACCUCCACAUACGAGGAUGACGUUUCCAAUAAAGGCAACAACAAGCUACUCAAGGAAGAAUCUGGCCGAAUGUUUAUGUGCGCCACCAGGAUUGACAAAAGUGAGUCUGUGCUUUUUAAGUCCUACAAACCACCAGAAGAUGCUGGAUCGUCCGAAUUCGAGAAUGUCAGCAUUGCCGAUGCGGCUUGCGCCACCUCCGCGGCACCCACCUUUCUUCCCCAUGUCGCAAUCGAUGGAGUCGAUUUCUGGGAUGGCGCUCUUAUAAAUAACAACCCCAUCCAUCAAGUCUGGGAAGCGCGUUACGACCUUGCUCCACCUCUGCCCUCGGAUGAAGAUCAAGUUGCGGAGGAGCCAACCGUGUCGUGCAUUGUCAGUAUUGGGACGGGAUAUCAUACCGAGGCAGGAGAACUCCCAGAAAAUAUCCUCAAUACUAUUGCCACAGUUAUGUCUUACAGUACGAACACCAGAGCUAAAGAUCGAGACUUCCGCCGUGGUCUUGGGAGAUUAAAUCGGAGGAGGCCGAAAGAUAAGCGAACCAAGUACUUCAGGUUUGAUGCCUUUAUUCGAGAAGAGGUGAACAUUGACGACUGGCAGAAGAUGAAAAUCCUGAGGGAAGAUACAGAAAAAUGGAUGGAGACCAAAGGCAAGGAUGAGAUCAAAGAGUGUGCCACACUGCUUUGUCAGUAA